UUGCAGGAUAUUUUGAUUAUUGUGUGUGACUUGUAGCCUUUUUAGCCUGUCCUUUGUCAUUUUCAAGGUGAUCGAAUGGGCAAAAUAUGGGCAUAAUAGGUCUUGAGCUGCACAAUCUAUUUUUGUUUGAUUCAGCUGGAGUUAUAAAAUCUACACAAACAUGUCUCAAUAAUUCAAAUGUAAAUUGCGCCAGGGAAAAUGACUGCAUUCAGCAGCAAACACAAGUGCAAUGGCUAAUAUUGGAAUGUGACAGCAAGCAGCCUAUUUCGGUAAAGUAAAAGAGCAACGAGAUGCAAGGAGUAGGGGAUUGGAAUUCGUUCAAGCGUGAAUCAGUAGUGUAAUAAAAUAGAGGCGCGAAAUUAUUCCAGACUUCUAAUUUUCCAAAGUAUUAGGAGAGCAAAGAAAGUUUUUGAUCCGCCCUUUCCUCUCUCCCUUCGCAGAGAGCGCUUGCACAUCCCCCUUCUCUUUAGAACGCGCACAGCUAACUUUGGGCACAACCGCUGGCCAGUAGAUAAUACAGGAUAGUCUACCCGUCGCACAGUGACAGAACUGAGACGCAAGGUUGAAGGAGGCCAUUUGAAAUCGGACCUUCAACAUCAUUCUCACUCUUGUUCGACUGCAGAGGACUGGGUACAAUUGUUAUCAACAAAUUCAAUUUUCAACAUUUGUUCUUGGGGGACUUUUAUGCAAAAUGAACCAAAAUAAUCUGAUGCUCUUUCAAUGUGUGCUCCUGUUGUGCCUGGGCAACUGUCUAAGCCAAAGGGAUUGUACAAGCGUGGAUUGCCCAGUGUUGGACAACUGCAUUGAGGAGGUUUUGGAGAAGGGCGCUUGCUGUGCCACCUGUGUUAAAAUAGGAUGCUCAUGUGAAGGUUACCAGUACUAUGACUGCAUCCAUGCAGGAUUCCGGAAUGGUAAAGUUCCAGAGGGAGAAUCUUACUUUGUGGAUUUCGGAAGCACAGAAUGUUCUUGUCCACAGGGAGGCGGGAGGAUCGGGUGCCAUUUCAUCCCGUGUCCCGAGAUCCCUCCCAACUGCAUCGCUGUCGCGGAACCCACGGAUGGGUGUCCGCAGUGUGAGCGCAUUGGCUGUAUCCAUAUUAACCAGAAAUACGAGGCAGGUCACUCCUUCCAGAUGGACCCUUGUCAGGUGUGUCACUGUCCUAAUGAUGGCGGGAGCCUGAUGUGUUCCCCUAUCCCUGACUGUGACUCUGGUAAUGUUAAGAAGCCCAUGAUAGCAACAACCACACAGAACAACGACCCUCAGAGAGACCUCAGCAAACUGCAUGAUAACAAACAGACAAGCCCGCUAGACCCAUUCACCACCGCUAACACCUUACCUCUUUACAAAGAGGAGCCAUCUGUCCUGGAUGAAGAUGAAGAUUAUGACUACACACUGCCUGACCCCACAUCUACCACUCCACAAGACCUGGUCCAGCCAACAGAAUCUACCACGGUGUCACCGUCCUAUGCUGAGACAAGCUCUUCUCCUUAUGAGAUUUUUAAUGACCUGAGGCAGGAGCUGAGAGAGAGACUAGGAACAUACGAUCAGGAGCGAACAGAGGAGGCGGCCAUUACUGAGGAUCCACAUCACAUAGAUCAGACCACCUCAAGUGAGUCAACAACAUCAACAACUACACAGGAAGUGACCUCAGAGAGCCAAAGGCGUCAACAGGAGGUUGUUGACCGGGACAACAGGCAUCACAGAGACAGUGACAGAAUGAUGAAGAGUGACAGUUCGGAGGACGUCACACCAACUGUCCGUAGUGACAAGGGAGUGAGACACACUGGCCUCCACGAACAAAGAGACAGCCACAGCAGUCACCACCAUUCUAGCAGUCUUUUAUCCCAAAGUCAUGGAAAGCACCUUGAGGAGCACCUUGAGGAGCAGCGUGAGGAGCCCAGAACGCCCCAGAGUAAACCUGACCAGGAGUCUUCAUUCCCCACAGAGAAGUUCAGCCCGACCAGCAGAGCUCCUGUCACGAGGGAGGAGGGAGACCAGCUGGCCAGGAGACAGCCCCACACCCUCUUCAACUACCAGGGCCCAAACGAACAGCCUGGAAACACUGAGGUUUCUUCCAAGGAGUUGGUGGAGACCUGCUGUGAGACAGGGGAGAAGUGGGCCUCAGCCCAUGGCCACUGCAGCAACAUGGAGCUCCCCAGAGAGGACAGACACUCCAUCUGUCGGACGGCUCAGAGACAGUGCUGUCUGGGAUCUCUGAAGGAGAGUCGCUGUUUCUCUGGUAUGAAUGCAGCCAGAGAGGGAGUUGUGUGUGAGGUGGACAACAAUGACCAGUGUGGAGUCGACUCCUUCAAGGAGUGUUGUAGCUGCUGCUCUCUGGGGCUGAGGUUCCGUAGGGAGGGCCACCGCUGUGAGGCCCACCAGUACCUGGGCUACCCCUGCAGCCAUGUCUUCCUCACCUGCUGUGAGGGAGAGGAGGAGGUGGCGAGAGAGGAGGGGGAGGGAGAUGGCUUGCACACCCUCAGAGAGAGGCCUGUGCUUGACCCGACCGCAGUGCCAAAGAGAGUGUCAGACAGUCCGUUCCCUAAAGAGGCCUUCUCCAUCGGGGAGGAGGAGGAGCAGGAGAGGGAGAACACGGUGGAGGGCCCUCCUGAGAUGGAGGAUGUAGAUGAGUGCCAGGUUUACCAGGGAACACUAUGCCACCACAGGUGUAUCAACACCCCUGGCUCCUUCAGGUGUGCCUGCUACCCUGGCUAUGUACUGCAGAAGGACGCGGUCAGCUGUGUGCCAGAGACGGUGGAUGAAGAGAACAAGUUGAGAGAGGAUGACAGGCCAGAGGUUGAGGCUACCUCCACCACUCCAACCUCUGUUAACCCCUGUGAGGGAAAUGGCCUCUGUAUGCAACAGUGCUCCUCAGUGGCUGGUAGACCUGGCUGCUCAUGUUUCCCUGGAUUCUCUCUGAUGGCUGACGGACAAUCCUGUGAAGAUAUCAAUGAGUGUUUGAUGUCCACUCAUACCUGUCAGAUGAAUGAGAGAUGUGUGAACACGGCUGGUAGUUUUGUGUGUCAGAUCACCUGUUCUCUGGGAUACCAGAUCAACAACGACGUCUGUGAAGAUGUUGAUGAGUGUUUUCAGGGGACUCAUAACUGUGGGCCAGGCUUUGAGUGUGUGAACAGUGAGGGCUCCUUCAGGUGUAAUUCCAAACCUCGCUGCUCCAUGGGCUUCACACAGGACACACAUGGAAACUGCAUUGACAUAGAUGAAUGUGGUGUCGUGGGCCAGCCCUGCACUCCAGGCUUUAACUGUAUCAACACUGUGGGAUCCUACAGCUGCCAGAGGAAGAUCAUAAUGUGUAGCCGGGGUUACCAUGCCAGCCCAGACGGAGCCAGAUGCAUAGAUGUGGAUGAGUGUCAGAGCGCUCUUCACCGCUGUGGGGAGGGACAGAUCUGCCACAACCUGCCCGGCUCCUACCGCUGUGACUGCCAGACGGGCUACCAGUACGACAUGUUCAGGAAGACUUGUGUGGAUGUGAAUGAGUGUUGGCGCUACCCUGGCCGCCUUUGUGCCCAGACCUGUGAGAACACCCCGGGAUCCUAUCAGUGUUCCUGCACCGCUGGGUUCAGCUUAUCCAGGGAUGGCAAGAACUGUGAAGAUGUGAAUGAGUGUCUAACCAACCCCUGCAGUCAGGAGUGUGCCAACAUCUAUGGCUCCUACCAGUGUUACUGCAGACAGGGCUCCUACCUAAGGGAGGAUGGACACACCUGUGAAGACAUUGAUGAGUGUGCCCAGAGCAUUGGCCACCUGUGUUCCUUUAAGUGUGUCAACGUCCCAGGGAGCUACCAGUGUGCCUGUCCCGAGUACGGUUACACCAUGUCUCCCAAUGGACGCUCCUGCAGAGACAUAGACGAGUGUACCAUCGGGGCCCAUAACUGUUCCUUGGCUGAGACCUGCUACAACAUCCAGGGAGGCUUUCGCUGUCUGUCCUUCAAUUGUCCACAGAACUACCGCAAAUCCUCUGACAUGCGCUGUGAACGACAGAGCUGCCCCAACUUGCUGGACUGUCAGAACUCUCCUCUCAGGAUCACCUACUACCACUUGAGCUUCCAGACCAACAUCGUCAUCCCUGCCCAGAUCUUCCGCAUCGGCCCUUCCCCCGCCUACUCCGGGGACAACGUCAUCAUCAGCAUCACCCAGGGCAACUUGGAGAACUACUUUAGCACGCGGAAGCUGAAUGCCUACACUGGCGCGGUGUACAUGCACAGGCAGGUGCGUGAGCCACGGGACUUCCUGAUUGACGUGGAGAUGAAGCUGUGGAGACAGGGCACCUUCACUACGUUUCUGGCCCGGAUCUAUGUCUUCAUCACGACCAACUCACUCUAACAGACUGGCCCCCAGCCUCACCCUACUUCCACCCUUGUCCCACCCCCUCAAUGGACAGCCCAUCCCCUUCUAUCCCCCUAGCCCUACCCCUCAAUGGACAGCCCAUCCCCUUCUAUACCCCUAGCCCUACCCCUCAAUGGACAGCCCAUCCCCUUCUAUCCCCCUAGCCCUACCCCUCAAUGGACAGCCCAUCCCCUUCUAUCCCCCUAGCCCUACCCCUCAAUGGACAGCCCAUCCCCUUCUAUAUAGAUCUAACACUAGUUUUUCCAGUGUAGAGAAAGGCUCUCUAACCCCAGUUAACCCAAUUCAGCUUAUCAACCAGCUAAUUAUUAGAAUGAGGUGUGCUUCGGGUUGGAAGGAAAACAUACAGGAUGGUAGCUCUCCCACUAAGACAGGUUGUGUCAGGGCCUCAAUCCAAAUUCUCUCUUUUCUAUCUCCCUUAAGCUGCUGUUCCUUUCUAUCCUCUUGAAGAAUGUUGUACCACUAUGCUAAUUUAAUAUCACAGUAUAUUAUGACAUGUAUUUGUACUUACUGUAUGUAUUAUUCAGACACAUUAGAUAUGACUGGAUGUAUCAUAUUUUGUUCCGCUAUUUUCAUAAGCUGCAAAUAAUUUUUAGUAAAAAUGAAAACUACACAAACUGUUUGAUGUUCCGUGUCUACAAUAUGACCUAUAACAGUAGCUAUACCCGAUGAACAGAUUCAAAUGAAAUACAUGGCAUGUUGUUUUUUACACAUAAAGUCCAACUUAAGAAAAGUAUUCAAUUCAAUUGACUUAAAUUUAGUGCUACUCCUGUCUAUGUUCGCACAGUACAAGUGUACCCAGAAGUGGUUCCAAUGUUAGCACCAUGUCAGAACAUGUUAUACUGUUAAUAUACAUGCUUAUUUACAUACCUUUUCACACCUCCCUAGUGAGAUCACCACCGUGAGAGAGGUCUUUAUUUACACUAGCUUACCGACAAUAUCAAAUAUAAAGAACACACAUGUUUUAUGAUGACUAAUCAAAAGCAGGGAUAUUAUCAUAGUGUGAAAUGCCUGUAAUAAAAGCCUAGUAUCUUAUGUAUAAUAAUAUAAUGAAUCACCGUAUGAAGCAGAUGAUUUUAAAGUAGCUGUCCAGUGUUUCCAGAUUUCUAUGAAUAAUUCAUUACAAUAUGAGUGAAUGUUUUUUUUUACCCCAACUCUGAUAUUGUAGCACUUGUUGAAAGAGUAACAUCUCCAUCUACAGGAUAUAGUGUGCUCAACACUCAUGAUUUAGUUCUACGCCAUUUCUGCAAGGCUGGAAUUCAAUCCAACUCACAAUGGCAAUGUAAAAGAUGUGUCAUAAAGGCUUGAGUUUUGAGCCAAAACAGGUUGUUUAUUUUUUUCACAAUCAAAUUCAACGUGUUACACAUUUGUUGUGGUUAAGAUCUUGUUCAAUCUCUUUAAGUGUAUGUUGAAAAACUUCUGCCCAUGUACACUACCUGGUGAAGAGGCAGGUUUUCACAGAACCCAAAUGCAUUCUGUGGUUUUAUAUGACCAUGGCACAAACAACUGCUGUGUAAAUACCACGAUGUAGGUUUGAUUUGAUUUUUAAGGUCAGAAAGAGUGUAGAAUUCACAUCAAUUCUACAGAAUGUGGGACUAAUAAUUUUAGAAUCUCUGAAUAUAAACCUUUUGAAAUGGAGUCGAUAAAAGAAGAUAAGAUUCCCUACCUCUUUUUUAUUUGCUUCAUUUUGAGUUAAGGUCAUCUGCUCCUCUAGCUAUGGGCUCUGAGGACCUUACCAUUGUAAACACGGAAAGGGUGUGAGUGGCUCCUGGACAACUGUAUUCAUGUAUAUUGCACAUCCAAACAGAAACGUUUGCCAGUUAUCUGCUCACUAGAAUGAGUUAUAUUUCCAAAGGUCAUUUCAACAAAAGAAUCUAAAUUACAUUUUGUUUUCCACUCUCCCUUGUCUAAUUUUAGUCUAGAGCUCUUUGCUUGGCUCUGAGAGCAAAUGUGAUAGCAAUUAUAGCACACAUGCUUCAAAGCUAACCCAUGUCUUCUACAGAUACUGAGCUGUACAGUAUGUACACUGAACUAAAAUAUAAACACAGCAUGUAAAUGUUGGUCCCAGGUAUCAUGAGCUGAAAUAAAAGAUCCCAGACAUUUUC